CUUUGGUGAAUACUGCCGUUGCUAGUCAACGGAAGGUGCAACUUUUUGGGAUUGCGCGCUAGGUAUUGAAAGGACGCCAUUUUAGUAAAUUGUGUUAUAUGUACGAAGCAAGAAUUUUUUGGUACGAGUUAAAUCUUCCAAGGCAUGAGUGACAGGGAGCAUAGCCCAAGUCAUAGCGGAUCUAAUCACAGCCCUCCGGCUAAUGAUAAGACCCCCACACCACCUAAUUCUAGAGAGCAAUCAAGGAGCCGUUCUCGCUCAUACAGCCAACACAGAUCACAUCAUAAAGGAAAAUCUUAUUCUCGUUCAAGGAGUCACUCACGUCCCCGAAAAAUGUCAUAUCGUGGUCGGUACAGGUCAAGAAGCAGAUCACGUUCCCCAAGACGAUACAGGUCUCGGUACUCGCAUUCGAGAUCACGUUCAUACAGUCCACGGGGGAAAUACUAUGGUUACAGUGAUAGGCGGAAAGAAUUCUAUCGCAGCCAUUCUCGCAGUCCUAUGUCAUCUAGGAGAAGACAUAUUGGCAGCAGGGAAAACCCGCAACCUAGCCGGUGCCUGGGAAUAUUUGGCUUGAGCAUCUACACCACAGAGCAGCAGCUGCAUCACAUCAUGUCAAAGUAUGGGCCUGUGGAAAGGGUUCAGGUCGUUAUUGAUGCAAAGACUGGUAGGUCCCGUGGGUUCUCAUUUGUGUACUUUGAAAGUGCUGAGGAUGCAAAGGUGGCUAAAGAACAAUGUACAGGAAUGGAAAUUGAUGGAAGACGAAUUAGAGUAGACUUUUCAAUCACACAGAGAGCCCAUACACCUACACCAGGGAUUUACAUGGGCAAACCUACAUAUUUGACUGAUGGCAGGGGCCAGUGGGGUGGUAGACAGAAAGGCGACAAUGAUUAUUAUGGUGGCUACCGAGGUGGUGGAGGCUAUAGAGGUAGAUCACCAUCCCCGUAUUAUCGCAGACGUCGAUACGAACGAUCUCGUUCUCGUUCAUAUUCUCCACGUUGUGAAGCAAGAGGUGUAGGCUGAAAAUUGGGUUUGAAGUUUCUUCUGGGGAAGAAUACUGAAAUGAAAAACCAAGUUUGAAUAUUGAAGAAUGAAAAGAAUGUCAGAAAUAUCAUAGAAAGUCCGAAGUGUUUCAAGCAACUUCAGUUGCAAGAAAUUUCCAGCUUUUCUUUUAGAAUCGCAAGAGUCAUUGAAUUUUCAAGUUAGUUGUUCGAAGAAAAAGAAAAACUGAAGCAUGAAGCGUGAAGGGAGUGACAGGUUGCGAAAAUGGAAAACAUGAAACCGAAGACAAGAAAAGACUGUAAGUUCUGGGGUGGUUGAAGGGCAUAUUAGUAGGAUGUGACACACAAUACUGUGGGACAGCAUUUUGAAAACUGAAAUGCCCCAAAAUCUACUAUAAUUGUACAUAAAGUUGUCAGUGACUUUACACUGUGGACUUGUAACAUACAGAUCAAACAAAUGGUUAGGUAGUUGACAAUAAUUCAAUAUGUGUAACCCUAUAAUAAAUGAAUGUGAAUUGAGAUGUUAAAUGUCAUAGGCACAAUACACAGCACCAGGUGUUGGUGUGCAAUAAACCAUUAUUAGAUAGCCUACAUUUCCUUACAGUACAAAGACAUUGAAACCACACUAACUUCCACGUUAUUCCUUUGUGAACUGAUGCAUGAAAGUGCAAAUUAUUUUGAUAUGAACGUCACUGAAUAUAUUGAUGGGGUGGGGUAUUUGCAAGCCUCUGAAAAUUCCCUCCAUUUUUUUGAGAAGGUUUAACAGCUGUGAAAUUCAGGUGACUUGUAAGCAGGUGGGAAUUGGAUUUCUCACUGUCACUUGACAAUGGAAUUGUUAUUACAAUUGGAGUCCAGUUUUUCAGGCUAGUCUGGAACAUAUUGUAUCUGGAAAUUUUUAUACUGGUCACAAUAAAAUUAAUCAGUGAAUGUAAGUUUAGGUCAUAAAUUUAAAAUAUUUAAAUGUUUUGAUACAAGAUGUUAGUUGUAAAGUGUCUACAUACUGACAUUAAAACCCAGAAUUCAUGUUCCAUUAGCUUUAUUGUACCUGCAGCUUUUCUUCAGCUUUAAUUCACAGCAAUAAAUUCUUGGACAGAUGUGCUGCAAUUCCUUCCUUGUUUUGAUAAUUAGCAAACUACUAAGUUAUGGGUAGGCCAUAAUAUUGUUAAAAUAGCUCAAAUAAAAAAGUUAAUUUGACAGUUUAUGCACUUUUACUUGGAGAACACUGAUUUCACCUAGUAAAUUGACCAUUAAGUAUUUAAAUGCUCAUCCCAGCAAUCUGUUGUAAGAAACCAAUUAAUUUUUAGGAAGGAAACUGUUGCUGAAGUGGUUAAAUCAACACUUUUACUUCUACCUAAAGUUAAAUUUUGCCUCUUUUGAGAUACAUGAAGUCUGGGUUUUGUGGUUAUUUGGAUGCAAAUCAAUCUAAUCCUUUUCAUUCUCAAAUUUACUGGUGCCGUGUUAUCAAGUGUGUGGAUCUUCUCAUAUUACAGUGGCAAGUUUAUAGUUCCUGAAUGACACCAAUUGCCAACAGUUGCUGCAUAAUACGGCUUUCAGUUUGUGUCUUCUGAAGUUUUCAUUUAGUGUAUGCCGAUCUUUCAUUGUCACUACCUAAAGAACUGGGGUAUGAUAUAAAAUCACACAAAAUGAAAAUCCAGUUUGUUAGUGUUCACAUCAACAUUUAAUGUACCUUAUAACCAGGAUAACAUUGCAAUUCUGUCUCUUAGGAACUUCAGCCAUUGCAAGGAAGAAAAAUACAAAAACAGUAACGUUAUACUGGCUAUCAGUGAUGGAAUUUACAGAGGCUAGGUCAAAUACACAGUAAUACCAUUUACAGGAUGUGAAGGUUUUAGCAAAGAAAGGGACAUUUUCUGUGUGUUUAGUAUUUGAAAAUAAUGUUUGAACUUACAAAAACAAACAUGCAAUUCGCUAGAAAAUUACCAGUGUUUAAGAGAGAGUAUUUUACAUCGUCGUCCAUUUCCCCAUAUGAAAUAGGCAUAGUUCACCAAGAUAUUUUAUCUUCAGGCCCAAGAAAUGAAAACAAUAUUUUCAUGAAUAUUACAGCUGAAAUUGCCAUUUAUAUCAGAAUGAUUUUCAUCCUAGGAAUUUCUUUAUUGAAUCCGAAUGCACGGCUAUAAUAAUGUUUAUUCUAGUUAUAAUGAAACUGGUUUGCACGUGUGUUUAAAAUUACCAAUACUUUCUAACCAAGUGCUAAUUGUUGCUUUCAGAAGUAUUUGUGGAUCCCAUGUAUUUAUUUCUUCAUUAUUUUGUAUGCAGUUAAGAAUAUUGGAUGUUCCUCAGUAUUACCAAAAAAAAAAAAUCUGAAAGAUGAGUGUUUGUGAAUUGGAAGUUAAAGACUGAUGAUUAUCUUGCAAUGUACUUAAAUAUUGGAUUACAUGAUUGCUACAUUUUGUAUUCAGUAUAAUGAUGUAGUACACACUCUGCUUAUAUAAUCAACCUAAAAGGCUUGCUUAAAAAGAUGCAUCAUUAGUAAAAUAAGAACACAGAAAAUUGUGAAAUAAUGUUGUUGAUGCAUGCUUUUAAUAGUAUCUUCUCAGUGUGUAAUAAUAGCUCCUUUGUUACACAAGUUCUUUUGUGGUAUUGACCACAUCUCGCAUGUGUAAGUAGUUUAACAUCUA